AUUUUUAGGAAAAUAACAACAUUCGAAAGAAGAUGGCCGACGAAAAGCCUGAUUUAGAAGACUCGAUGCAAGAUGAUGAUUCUUCUCCUGUUAAAGAUCCAUAUGGACCACGAGUUGUGAAAAUAAGAAAAGGAGAAAGAGGCUUUGGAUUUAACGUUCGUGGCCAAGUUUCAGAAGGUGGACAGUUACGAUCUAUAAAUGGAACUUUAUAUCCUCCUCUUCAAAUGAUAAGUGCAGUUUUGGAUGGUGGUCCAGCUGACAGAGCAGGUGUUCUUGUUGGUGACAGAAUAUUAAUGGUAAACAAUGAAAAUUGUGAGGGAGCAGAUCAUCGAAAAGUUGUCGAUCUGAUCAGACAAGGUGAAAAUGCAUUGACAAUGGCGAUUAUUUCAGUUACACCGAGUGAAGCCCGGAAACUUGAUGGGCCUGCUGAUGUUGUUGGUAGUAGAGAUUAUAUUGACUAUUCAGAAAGGAAAAGUGUUCCUAUCACAAUACCAGACUUUCGAACAGAAGACAAGAAUGGUGAAAAAUAUGUAGUUUAUAAUGUGUAUAUAUCGGGUUCAUAUGUUUGUGCUAGAAGAUACAAAGAAUUUGCAGCUCUACAUGCUGAGCUAAAAAGACGAUUUAGAGAUUACCCCUUUCCAAAGUUUCCAAGCAAGUGGCCAUUUUCAUUGUCUGAACAACAAUUGGAUGCUAGAAGACGUGGUUUGGAAUCGUAUAUUGAAGAAGUCGCUGCUGUGCGUGUUAUUGGUGAAUCAGAAAUACUAGAUGAUUUCUUGAAAGAAGAUGAGGAAACGACAACUUCUCCAUCACUGCAACAACAACAGCCACGACCAGUUGAAAAUCAAGAGGUGGAAUUUAAAAUAAACCUUCCAAACAAGUCUUCAUUGCUGUUGACAGUUUCAAAAAAACUACGAACAGCUAAAGUUUAUGAGGCUGUUGUGAAAAAGGCUGGACUUACAGAUUUUAGCGCCACUUUUUUUGGUUUAUUUGAAAUCGUUGACAACGGAUUUGAACGUAAACUCGAGGAUGCAGAAUUUCCACAUAGAAUUAUCACUAAAUAUGCGCAGAGUAAUGAUAGUCAUUUAGCUUUAAGAAAAUGGAUCUUUACAGUGUCAAGGGAGUUAAAGCUAACAGAAGAUACAAAAGCAUUAAAUUUAAUAUAUGGACAAGCUAUUGAUGAUAUCAGAAAAGGUCUUGUGCUACCUGGAGAUCAGAUUCAAAACAUAAAAGAACUUAAAUCUUCAAAUAAUAUAAAAGAAUUUUUGGAUGUUGCUCGCACUUUAGUGGGUUAUGGUACUGUCAAAUUUCCACACUGCAAAUGCGACGCUCGGAAAGAAGGACAUGUGAUUGUGACGUUUAGCAUAACACAUAUGUCGCUAAACGCCUGUUCAACAGAUGGUAUACCAGAGGAUCAAGAACAUGUAUUUAAUUGGGACGAAAUCACAAGUUGGGAUGCGGACACUGAAGCUAUGUGUUUUUGGUUUGAAUACCAAAAACCUGGGAAGAAAAAGAGACAAGUUCGAAUAUUUUCAAAAUUUUUUACAUAUAUGGGAAGUUGUGUUAUAAGAAUCAUGAUGGAACGUAGCUGGUGUAAAAAGGAUAAAAGCGGCAACCCAAUUUUACCUGAACUUAAGGAAUCUGGAACGAGUGUCAAUACUCAAGUUUCCAUAAAAAAAACGGAAAGCGACGCGAUAAAUGACAUCGACGAUGGAGAUUUAUAAAUUGCUGAUAGAGGACUCGACUCCACCUUUGUUCAUCGAUCAAAUAUUAUUGGUGCUAAGAAAGCGGUUUACGAACUGACUUGAGAAAAAAAUUUAUAAUACCUAAGAAAAUUAUUAAAUCGAUAAAAUAUAUCCAUUCGUGCAUAACUCGCACCAAAUAAAAAUGAAAUUGUUACGAUGGGCAUGUUCACACUCACAACAAAAAAUGACUGUUUUAGCAAUCCUGUUCACACUUACGGCAAAUAAAUCUGAUUUUAUUCUUAUGGUCAUGUUCACACUUGCAACAAAAAAAUCUGAUACUGUUUUGAUGAUUAUGUUCACACUCACAGAAGUUAAUUUAUAUUUUUUCCAUGAUGAUUCUGUACACGCCCGCGAAUGAUUCUGAUAUUGUUGUUUCCUUGUUGCGAUUAUCGUCUUUGCGCUGACUUUUGUUGGCGUUAAAUCACGUUAUUGGCGGCAAAUUUCGACAUAACAUUUAAACGUCGUGUCGAGAAUAUUACCUUAAAGCUAAAUUUUGUUUACGUGUGUGUGUGUGUUCUUUAUGUUUGUUUUUGUUUGUUGUACUUGUUUCAUAAUUACUUAAAGUUAUAUUUUUAAAUAUUUGAAAAAAAUCAAAAUCAAAAGCUAUUGAACUUUUCUGAUGUUCAUCUUUAAAGAUGAUCAAUAUCUUUACAGAGUGGCUCUACGGCGUUUUCAAGACUUGUUAGGGGAGAAUUACUUCUGGCCCCUGUGCUCAACCCUCCCCUUAACUGUCAAAAACGUACAUAGGACCCCCCGCAUAGAUAGUUAAGCUGAAUUUCUACUCAAGAGCAAAUCGAAUCAGAACGAAACGGAACAAGGAAAAUACUUUUUGAUUGGCCAUCUGCUAAUUAUUCUUUUUUUAUAUAUAAUUUUUCUCCUUCGUGUUGACAAGAAAAUUUGUUUCAUUUUGAAUCGGAACAGCAAGUGAAAGUAACCAAUCAGAUUGUCCGUUCCGAUUCGUUCGUUUUUGAGUGAAAAUUCACCUAAAAGUCCACGUGGUUCAUUUUCGGCGCACAGAUUUCAAAUCGUUGAGUUUAAAAUCAAAUUCUAGUUUUUACCACUCAACAACCAAGAUCUGCUUGAAUUACUAACCUCGUUUCCAGGGAUUUUUGUCUCUCAUCGGCGCUGCACGUGCAAAAAGAGACAGCAGGUCCUGGGAUCGAGAGUGCUUAAAUUACCUCUAAUGUAUUUUCUUUAUUUGAUAUUGAACACAAUUUUUCUUACUUUUAUUUUGGAUCCAAAUCUUGUUUUUUUCUCCUUUCUCUACAGCCAAGCCCAUUAAUUAGGGGUGAAGAAGGUUUAAUGUAUUUACGGGAUAUAAAGCGAUUUUUUCAGAGCAAUUUUUUCACCCAUUAAUUACGGCAGGCAAAGCAAUGAAAUAUAAUUUUCUUCAAUUAUGAAUUUAUAAAUAUUAUAAUGGUAUUUUUCUGUAAUAUACUUCUACUUCAUAA